GUCUUUCUUUGAAGAGAUAAAACUCUUAAAUUUACAUUUCACAUGUACUAAAAUAGAGUAUAUCGUAAUUUUUACGAAGACACGAUAAGCUAGGAACUGUUCUAAGAAGCAAUUGCUACAGUGGGACCGUAAUUCGUGAUACACCGCCUUCACUGCAGGCACGAGUUUAUCUCCAUUUAAAACAACCUCCUAAAGAGACGAGGAAAUUAGAAACUACAGUAUAACCUUGAGAAGGGUCUGAUGGAUGAGGAAGAUGACUGUCCAGAGCUGGUUCCUAUUGAGGAGAAGAGCACCACACCUGCAGCUCAGAUCCCUGUCACCAUCAUCACCGGCUACCUGGGUGCUGGGAAGACGACACUCUUGAAUUACAUACUGACCGAGCGGCAUAACAAAAGAAUAGCAGUCAUACUCAAUGAGUUUGGUGAAGGCAAUGCUCUGGAGAAGUCCUUGGCAGUGAGUCAGGCAGGAGAGCUGUAUGAAGAGUGGCUGGAACUCAGGAACGGCUGUCUGUGCUGCUCGGUGAAGGAUAAUGGCCUGAAAGCGAUUGAAAAUCUGAUGGAAAAGAAAGGGAAGUUUGACUACAUUCUUCUAGAGACGACUGGUCUGGCAGAUCCAGGAGCAGUUGCCUCAAUGUUCUGGGUUGAUGCAGAACUAGGAAGUGAUCUUUACCUGGACGGCAUUAUUACAGUUAUUGAUGCGAAAUACGGAAUGCUGCAUCUGAGUGAAGAGAAACCAGGAGGCUUGAUAAAUGAAGCUGUAAGGCAGAUAGCCCUCGCUGAUCUGACGAUAAUUAAUAAAACAGAUCUGGUGAACACUUCUGAGCUCGAUCAGCUUCGAGACACAGUCAGGUCUAUUAACGGCCUCGUCAGGAUCCUGGAAACACAAAGGUCCAGGGUCGACUUGUCUCAGGUGUUAGAUCUGCAUUCUUUUGAUACCAAAGAUAGUGUAAGGCUGGUGGAGAAACUACAGCUAAUGAAAACAACGCACGCACAUCUAGACAAGGAUAUAUUAACAGUUACAUUUGAAGUACCUGGAAGCGUCUCCGAGGACCAUUUAAAUGUGUUUAUUCAGGACCUUUUAUGGGAAAAAACGUUUAAGAACAAAGCAGGACUGCCUAUGAAUGUCAUUCGCUUAAAGGGCAUCUUGUCUUUGCAUGGUAAAGAGAAGAAGGCAAUGCUGCAGGGCGUUCAUGAGCUUUACGAGCUGGAAGAAACACCCGAGGCCUGGACAGAUGGAGAGCCCAGGAUCAAUCGACUGGUCUUCAUCGGUCGCCAUCUGGAUGGAGACCUUUUAAAGAAAGAGUUCCUCUCUUUAGUCUCUACUGGAGAGGACUGAUAGAAUAGAGGCAUCAUAAAGGAGGAGUGUGGAUCGAGGACUGGUUUUUGCCAUAUUACAUAUGAUUAUAGACAAAGUAAAGCUGACCGCUGACCAGUGGUACUAUUCUGAGAUGCUUUUAUACAAGCAGACUGUAAUUUCAAAUAUGUUUACAGUCAUAGUUUAUGGUGCCAUACACAGAAGUUUGCACUCCAUUUGUGGUGCUCAUGACUAUGACUGUGAUAUUUAGGUACUCAUGUCAGAAAGGACCUUGUAUUAGUGAGCUCUUGUGUGGUUACAAGAGUGUCUGUAGUCUGUAAAGUUUUAUUUUUUUAAGAUACUUGGUUUUUGAUGUCAAAGAAAAGCUACACUCAACACUACAUGACACGUCCUUUUAGAAAAAUGGUCUUUCAAGGAUACUUAGGGUAGUUAAAGGUUCUUAGCUUGCUAAAAAUCUUCCAAGAACCCUCUCUUAUGGAGAACCUUUAAGAGUUCUAUAUUCAGCCUUUUCUCUGAGAGAGUACUUGAAUAACUGCUGUCAAACAUGCAGCCAUCAACUUUCACCAAGUUGCAGCAGUGGACUGAUACCUGUACACACAUCUGCUGUUUUUUGUUUUUUUUUUUUUUUUUUAAAUUGUUAGGUUGUUUGACACUUGUGUUAAUGAGCAAAUUUAAUUAUUGCAAACGAUUAUAAACAGUGAUUAAAUAAAUAAUGUUUUAUAUUAAACUGAUUCUAUUCAUCAGAGUAAUUCAAGCCCCCUAUCAUGCAUAAAUUUUAAUAACAAUAUUAUUAUUAUUGUUAUUAUUAUUAUUAUUAUUAUUAUUAUUGCUAUUUUGUGCUUAAAAACAAGUAAGUUUAAGUCCUUUUUUGGUGAAAUUAAUUAGCCAAACUGCAAUGUAGAAAAAAGAAAUCAAUCACAGGAGAAACUUAAAGUUGAUAGUUUUGUGAUUUGUUAAUGAGACAGAUUUUGUUUUGUAUGCUGCUACGUGUGAGAUUCUCGAUUACUUGAAGCACCCGUUUAACACCCAGGAUUUUAAUGCUGUAAAGUGACAAAGUCUCACUAUUCCACGAAAAUCUUGUAAGUGUGAAUAAAUGAAUAUGAAUAUAAAAAUGCAUUUGAAUAUAA